GGAAUACGUAUGUAUUUGAAAAUAUAGAAGUGCGUUUCUAAUUUUAUUUUUUGAAGUGAAAUAAAAAGUUUAUUGACAUGAAGUUGGUUGUUAGCGUUGUUCAUUUAUUACUAAUAAACGUCUGUAGCUCUACUAAUGAAGAACAAGACAUCGAUGACAUAAUGAACCAAGAUCCUCUAACCGCCACACAUUGUAAAAGCAACCAAUUUGAUUGCGGUCGUGAAUGUAUUGAUUCAGCAUUAGUAUGCGAUGGAAAAGAAGAUUGCCCCGGAGGUGCCGAUGAAUACAACGAACACUGCGUAAUUGAUCACAAAAAUGCGUCUUGUCCGUACCCUAAUUUACCACAACAACGACAUGAGGUUUGGUUAAAUUACUCAGGGUCAGGGAAGCCGAAUGAAAGAGUACCGGAGUUCGUUCGAGGAGUAAUCAGAUGCAAACCUGGUUACAUCGGUGAUCCUGAGAAUGAAAUUGUUACAACUUGUAUCCAACGUAAUUGGGAACCACCGGCAAUGUCGUGCAGAAAAACAUGUCCUGAAAUCAACAACCCCGAACUACAACAACAGUGUUUUCAAGGAAAUAAGGUUGACUGCAACGGAGUAAUUUGGGAAAGCACUCUAGUACGAUUCAGUUGUCAGAAAUCCAAUCACGAACCAACUUUCGCAGAAGCUUACUGUCUUCCGAGUGGAAAAUGGAACUUGAAUCCUAGUCUAAUCGAGUGUCGUCCAGUAUGCGGCCAUGUAACUCGGGAAAUCGUCGAAGCCUUGAAACGCAAAGAUUUUCCAUGGAGAGCACUGAUUCGAGAGCAAAUCGAUCCGAACCAAUCUCCGCGUCAUUUUUCUGGAACGUUACUCGAUAGAAAAAUCGUACUAACUGACGGUAAUCUGUUUACUCGAACGAAGAAUCCGCGUCAUUUUGAAAUCUUCGUCAACGACAACAUCGAAUCCUGGGGAUCGUUGAAAUCAUACAAAGUUAAGAACAUACAUUACUUACCAAGACAUUUUCAGAAGUCGUUAUCGCCAGAAAGCUUGGGUAGUCUGGCUAUUUUGGAAACUGAUGAAGAAAUUGAAUAUUGUUUGACUGUUCUACCGGUUUGUGUGAGUCCAUAUUCUUAUCCAGCAUCAUCGGAAUGGUUUCUGGACAUAGGAAUGAUGGUUAUUUUGGGCGACUCAGAAGACGUUAUAAGUCGCGAUGAAAUUUCUGUCAUGAAAUUGAACUCACUGGAGGUAACUUGUGAGAAAAAUCGAGAAAAAUGCAACCAAUAUUACGCACAGUUUAAUGAAACUAAUCUAGGUAACAGACAGCUAAACGACAUUAAUCAAGGUACUGGUUUGAUCAAGACGGACAAAGAAUUAGGAAUAUAUAUCUUGGAAGGCGUUUACAGCCAUCAGCAUCCAGAAUCCAGUGACUUACUGAUAUUUACAUUUGUUUCGCAUUACGUCGAAUGGAUAGACGAAAUUCGAGAGAUGAUAAAAUACAACAACAAUGUAAUCUUGGACGAAACAACCCCUUCGGUAAAACAAAUCAAAGACACGACACCGUCAUCACCUAAAACCUCUCACAGUCAUAGCUUGUUGACAGUAUUCGUUUUACUAUCUUUUGUAAUACUGAUCGGUGCACUUUUUCGAAUUAGAUGACCACGUGUCGAUAAAAAUCUCUGUUAAAAGAUAGCUUUAAAAUAGGUACAAACACAGAUAGGUUUGAGUAUUUAAAAUUCAGCUCAUGAUUUCACUGCCUUCGUCGUCAUCGUCUUCCUCUUCAUCUAUACUUGUCGGUGAUCGCGUUGGACCUGUCGGUUUGGAUGUCGUCGACGAGUCUAUAACCCACGAUUGUUUCUCUCCGGAGCCAAAAAUCAAGUAGAAAAGGGCUCCGAGGAGGUAGAAGCCGCUUGAUACUAAAAAUAUAGUGUUCCAUUCUUCGAGAGUCUGGGCAGAAAAAAUAAUUAUCGAAUAUUUUUUUUUAAAAUUAAUUGCCAUCACCCAAUCACUUGUGAAUCAAAUUUAAUAUCAGAUUUUUAAAGCUCACUUUUUGUACAACAACGUAUCCAGUCAGCUGUGUACUGAAGACACCUGAAAAUGUAGCCAUCAUAUUACUAAUUCCCAUAAGAACUCCGGCGUGUGGAGGUGCAAUAUCUAAAUGAUUCACGCUGAAAAUACAUACGUUAUUUCAA